AUGGACUAUUUGGGCCGCAAGGAUAGCCAGGUCAAGGUGCACGGGCAGCGGCUGGAGCUCGGAGAGAUCGAACACCACGCCCUCAGCAGCGACCAGGUCAAGCAGGUCGUCGUGACGCUCCAUCGUGAGCGUCUUGUCGCCGUUCUGUCGUUGACCGCCAUCGAUGGCACAGGCAAGGGCCUCGAGCCCAUCAGCCCGACGCGACAAGCCACCGCGGCGCAAAGCGUCCGACGCGUCCGCCAGAAGAUUUCAGAGCGUCUACCGGGAUAUAUGGUCCCCUCUGCAUGGCUGGUCGUCGGUGCGAUCCCGAUGAACACCUCGUUGAAGAUCGACCGGGCCCGGAUCAGCCAGUGGAUCCAGUCCCUUGAUGACAGCGAAUUCGAGGAGCUGUCCAUCAUACUCGACAGCGUGGUCGACAUCAUCCCGGCCACCGAGAUGGAUCGCCGGGUGCAGGAGACUGUGGGUGCUGUCUUGGGCCGCAGCGAUGUGCCCCUCGCUCGCUCCUUCAUCAGCCUCGGAGGAGAUUCCGUCACUGCGAUGCAGGCUGUAUCUCGAUUCCGCACGUCCGGGAUGAGCGUUCGCAUGCUGGAUGUUCUCCAAGCGGAGAAUCUGGCGCAGCUUUCCGUCAUGGCUGCCUCAGCCGGAGUCCAGGAGGAGACGGUCGAAGAAUACUUCCCGUUGACCCCUGGCCAAAAGCUGUAUUUAGAAGACUCGGACAAUGCGAGCCAAAGUGUGUUGCUUGAGAUGCCCCCGUCGGUGAAGACAAGCGAAGUGCUCUCGGCAAUCGAUGCCCUCGUGCGGAGGCAUUCAAUGCUCCGGGCUCGUUUCCAUCGAACUGGUGCAGCCGAGUGGGCUCAAUCCAUCUCUGGAGAGCUCAACUCCGCCUACCGGUUCACUUCUCACUCUGCUGUCUCGCGCGAGGCGAUCACAGACAUAGUCAAGGCCAGCCAGGUGAGCUCUGGCGCAGAGCCAGGACCCGUGCUCAUUGCAGACCUGUUCGAACUGCACACCGGCGAGAACCUAUUGUCUCUGGCCAUCCAUCAGUCGGUGGUCGACGAAGCCUCUUGGAAGAUGCUGCUUCAAGAUCUCAGCGACCUUCUGUCCGAUGGAGAAUUCAAGACCGAAGCUCCGGUCGCCUUCCAGACUUGUGCUCGACACCUAGCCAGUCGAAUGGAGACACAGGUAGCUCCGAUUGACUUCGCAUACUGGGGAGUCCACGAAAAGACCCCGGCUGCGCAGGCACAUACGAGCUUUACUUUGGGCCACGAGCUCACGUCAGCCCUGCUCAAGCAAUGCAACGCUGCCUUCCAGACCGAGAUCCAGGAUAUUCUUCUCGCCUCUCUUUUCAGUGCUUUUGGAAGCACGUUCCAGGGCAUCAACCUUCCGACAGUGUAUCUCGAUCUCGAUGGGAGAGACUGUUUUGAGGAUCUCUCUUUGCAACCUUCGGGGACUGUGGGCUGCUUCACCAGCAGAGUGCCGAUAUGUAUUGGCGAGACGAUCAGCAGUCCGAUCGACGCUGUCCGCCGGAGCAAGGAUGCUCGUCGUCUUUCACGGUCAAUUGUGGACAGCACUCGACCGGUGGAGAUUCUUUUCCGUGGGUUUGAUGGCAUUAUGCUCGUCCAAGGGUCCAGUAGGGCGUUCAAGCAGGUGCAGGGUCCUUCUACUGCGCCGCACAAGACCCGCAGCCAGGCCCUCUUUGACCUUUCCGCCUCGAUCGAAAAUGGAUCACUCAGACUGAGCAUGUCAUACCCCCAAGAGACCUCGAGGCAGAGUGAAAUCGAGCGCUGGGCGGCAGCCAUCCAGGCACAUCUUGUGCAGCUCAGCGAAACUCUUCCAAACCACCCAGCGGAGAAGACAUUGGGCGAUUUCCCUCUCUUGCAACUGAGCUAUGCCGGCCUCAACCGCUUGGUCAACCGUAGCGUACGGUCUCUUGGGCUGUCGGCGCGUGAGGUGCAAGAUAUAUAUCCGUGUUCUCCAAUUCAGCAAGGCCUGCUUCUCAGUCAGAUGCGAUCCCCUGGGGCAUCUGACGUCCGUGUGAUCUUCGAGGCCACCCCAGCGGCCGGCGCUGAUUCCGUUGCUGCGUCGCGUCUGGGAUUGGCCUGGAUGCAGGUGGUGCGUCGGCACGCAGCCCUCUCCACAGUCUUUGCGCAGGACUCUGCGGCCCAGGAUGCACUGUUCUACCAGAUCCUGGUCUGUGAUCCAGAGACCAGUUACCGAUUGAUUGAGGCUGAGCAGGACGAUUCGAUCACAGCCCUCUCCGCCAUCCAGACCCCUGAUAUCCACUGCCGCAAAGCACCCCCUCACCAUCUGACGCUGUGCACAUCCCGCGACGGGCGAGUCUACGGACGCAUCGACAUUGACCACACCACGUUCGAUGGUCGAUCCAUGGGGCUCAUCUUCCGCGACUUGGCGCGGGCCUACGAAGGGACGCUCAGUGCCGACAAAGCCCCGUCGUACCGCUCGUAUAUCCAGCACUUGCAACACAAGGUGCCGAUGGAAGCCCUGAACUACUGGACCGCAUACUUGCAAGGGGUCGAGCCCUGCUAUCUGACUGUUGCAAAGACCCAGUCCGAAGACCGCGGCCAGCUCGAGUACGUUGAGGUGGACCUGUCGGCGUUUGCGAGCCAGUUGCAGGCAUUCCAGCAGGCGACGGGGACAACCAUCGCCAAUGUCAUCCAGGCCGUCUGGGGCAACGUCCUGCGCUGCUACACAGGAUCCGACGAUGUCUGCUACGGAUACCUGGUCUCCGGCCGGGAUAUUCCGCUGCCAGAUGUCGCGGACAUUGUCGGUCCCUUCAUCAACAUGCUUGUGUGCAGGUUGAUCGUCGCCCCUUCCAGCACCGCCGCCGACCUCGCAAGGGCCGUACAGUCCGACUACCUGCAGAGCCUGCAACACCAGCACCUAUCUCUCGCAGAGAUCCAAAAUGCGAUUGGUCUGGCAGGAAAGCCGCUGUUCAACUCGAUCAUCACGAUCGAGGCGCCCGCCGAUGCGGUGCAGCGCGAUGGCUCUUCUGUGCGUUUCGCCACCGUCGGAGGACACAGUCCGACCGAAUACGAUCUCACCCUUGGGGCUGUCGCAUCCAAAGAGCGCCCUAGGGUGAGCAUUGGAUACUGGACUGCCAAGAUGUCGCGAUGGGAGGCAGAGAACCUGGGUAAGACGUUCAGCAAAGUCUUUGAGAGUCUCGUCCAGCGACCAGACGCGCGCGUCUGCGACCUCGACAUGGUGCCCGGGGACCACAUGCAGAGCAUUAUACACUGGAACUCGACACUACCCGCGGCCACCAACAGCACGCUGCCCGAACUAAUCGGCGUACACACCCUCCCGCGUGCCAAAGAGAUGGCGAUCUACAGCUGGGACGCGGAAUUGACCUACACAGACCUCAACAGCUAUUCAAACCUCCUAGCGCAGCAUUUGGUGGACCUGGGCGUCGGUGCAGGCGCCUUCGUCCCGAUCAGCAUGGAAAAGUCGGCCUGGGCAGUGGUUGCCAUGGUGGCUGUGCUCAAGGCGGGUGGUGCGUAUGUGCCCUUAGAUCCUUCCCAGCCUUUGGCCCGGCGAGAGGCAAUUGUCACGCAGCUGAGCUCCACUGUGAUCGUCGUGUCGCCCGAGACGCAGGAUAACGGCAUAUCCUGCAUCCAUAUAGUUCAAGUGUCGAGGAAAUCGCUACAGUUGCUGCCUUCCUCGGCCACUGCUCUCACCCGGCGUGCCGGCCCACACGAUGCGGCGUAUGUGAUUUUCACAUCGGGCAGUACAGGCACACCCAAGGGGGUGGUCAUCGAACAUGCGGCCGCGUGCACCAGUGUAAUGGGCCACGGCCGGGCCAUGCACUUUGACAGCACAACACGAGCGCUGCAGUUCGCGUCCUUUGGAUUCGACGCGAGCAUCGCAGAGAUCUUCACUACGCUGGUCUUUGGCGGUUGCGUCUGUAUCCCGCGCGACGAAGACCGCACGGCAGAAAUUAUCCACACGAUGAACAAGAUGCGCGUCAAUUGGGCCUUCUUCACACCCACCUUUGUCACGCUCAUCGACCCCAACCAGGCUACACACCUCGAGACGCUUGUUCUAGGCGGAGAGGCGAUGCGACAGGAGAAUGUGGACACAUGGGCCUCGAAGGUGCGCCUCAUGAAUGGCUACGGACCGACCGAGGCAUGUGUCUUCUGCCUCACCCGGGAGGUGACGGUGGAGGACAAUAGGCCUUCCAAGCUCGGGCGUGCGGUGAGCAGUCGAUCGUGGAUUGUCGAUAUCCAGGAUGUCAACCGCCUGGUCCCUGUCGGCUGCGUGGGCGAACUCGUUGUCGAGGGCCACUCCCUGGCACGCGGUUAUCUUCACGACUCCCAGAAGACCGAUGCUGCGUUUGUGCCCAGUCCCCCCUGGGCAUCUCGACUCAAGGACUCCGCGCCUCGAAUAUACAGGACCGGCGAUCUCGUGCGCUAUGAGCAAGAUGGAACCCUGACGUAUCUGGGCCGCAAGGACGCCCAGGUCAAGGUUAACGGGCAGCGCCUUGAACUCGGAGAGGUCGAACACCAUCUCCUGGCCCACGAAUCGACCAAAGAUGUGGUAGCUGUGCUGCUCAACGAAGGGCUAUUCGGGAACAAGCUCGUGGCCGUCCUUUCGCUGCACGCGCUGGCCGAUGGCGAGCAGAUGGCGCUCAUCGACAACAGCAGCAAGACCCUCGCCCUCUCUCUGCUGUCCAGCCUGCAGGAGUCGGUCUCGCAGAAACUGCCUGGAUACAUGGUGCCUACCGUCUGGGUCCCUCUGAAACAACUCCCGUUGAACUCCUCGGGCAAGAUCGACCGCGCAAAGAUCGCCAGCUUCCUGCAGUCCGCAGACGAGGAGAUGUACCAGCGAGUGUCCGCCCUCUCCGCCGAUAAUGAGCAGACCGAGCCGGCCACGGCCAUGGAGCGCGAGAUCCAGCGCAUUGUCGGUGGCGCUCUGGGUGUCCCUCCUGCCACGGUCUCUCUCGCCCGGUCCUUUGCCGCCCAAGGUGGUGACUCCAUCAUGGCGAUGCAGAUUUCCGCCUCGUGCCGCCAGCAGGGCCUAGAACUCGCCGUCAAGGAUAUCCUGCGGUCAAAGACCUUAUCCGACCUUGCCCUGGCCAUGAGCCGCUCGGCGCCCGACGCCAGUCCUACCGGCGACGCCUCAAAGGAGCCAUUCCGUCUGCUGCUCGGACAAGAGGUUAUUCUCCGCUCGUCCAAGGGGCUGAGCCACCCUGUCAACGAGAGCAUUGUCCUGGAAUUUCCAGGACCAAUAUUGCCGUCCCGUGUGGAGCGAGCGCUCCGGACGGUCAUUGGUACCCAUGCCAUGCUCCGCGCUCGUGUGCAUCGAUCAAGCACCGGAUGGGUGCAGACAAUCACCGAGGAUGUCGACCAAUCCUUCAGGUUCACCCACCGCCGUGUCCAGACUGUCCAGGACAUGUACCAGCACAUGGUGAGUGAGCCGGAUGUCAUCCACCCCGAGACGGGACCGAUAUCUAUCGCAGGUCUGUUCGAUGUCCCUGGAGGAAAGCAGUACCUGUACCUGGCCGCCCAUGCUCUGUUCAUCGAUGAACCCUCAUGGCGCGUCAUUGCUGAUGACCUGGAGAGUGUCAUCUUCAAGGAGACCGAGCCCAGCAAACCUCCUGGCUUCCAAGCCUUUGUGCGCCAGCAGACUGAGGAGUCACUUGAUACCUCUGCAACGGCACUGGCGCCGUCGAUCUACACUUACUGGGGCGUCCAGGACAGGGAGACGGCGACCGAUGCUGCGGAUGUCAAGUCUCUUGAAUUCUCCCUGCCACCCGACGUGUCAACAGGCGUUGUGCGCGGUGAGAACGGACUGCACGCGGACCCUCGCGAUAUCUUCAUCGCUCUGCUUCUCCACUCGUACAAGGGCGUCUUCACCGAUCGAGAACCGCCCGUGGUCCACUGCUACGAGGUGGGUGACCGAGAUAACACGUACGCUCGUACGGUCGGCCGUUUCUCUCGGUUCACGCCUCUCAAGCUCUCACUCUCCAACGUGGAUGACAUGGUCAAGACCAUGAUUGUGGUCAAAGACCAGCGCCGACAAGCUACGCACCACUCGGUCAAGCAGUGGCCGAUGGAAGUCGUCUUCCACCUCGACAUCGAGAAUCAACGCCAAGGGUUAUUCAAGGUCAUCCCGAUGGGCAAGGAAGUAUUGACUGUGCAUCCUAACGCAGUCCGCCCGGCUCUGCUCGAGGUCUUUGUUCGGGCUGCAGCUCACGGGGUCCAGGUCCAGUUUGCAUUCAGCGGGCAGAUGCAGUCGAGCAGCCAGCGCAGUCUUGCAUGGCUCAAGGGAUACGAACAGGCCCUGACCACCGCAGCCAUUGUGCUUCCUGCCUUGCCGUUUACUCCGACUCCCAGCGACUAUCCGCUCAUGUCGCUUUCCUACGAUGACCUGGAGAGGCUGACCACCGCUCGCCUGCCUGCCCUCGGCGUCGCGAGUGCCAGCGACGUUGAAGAUAUGUACCCUUGCGCGCCGAUGCAGGUCGCCAUGCUCCUGAGUCAGACCAAGGCGCCGGAAACGUAUCAAGUGUUCUUCACGUUUGCCGUGCGGGACCCGGCGCGCUCCAAUGGGCUUGACGUGGAUGUUGACCGACUGGCUCGAUCGUGGAAGCAGGUGGUGCAGCGUCACGGCAUCCUGCGCACACUCUUUGCUGACAAUAUCUCGCGCGACGAUGUAUUCGACCUGGUGGUUCUCAAGAACGCGCAGCCGGACAUUGAGAUCCUCCAUGCACCAACCGAUGAUGAGGGCAUGGAGAUGCUGGCCCGCUUGGAGCCUCCUCGCUACCACGAGGGCGGGCUCCAGCAUCGCGUCAAGAUGUGCGUGUCGCAGUCGGGCAAGGUGUUCUUCAAGCUGUCAAUCAACCACACAAUCGUCGACGCGGCCGCGACCACUCUGAUUCUGCGCGACCUGGCGCUGGCAUAUGAAGGCCAUCUCCCGGCAGGCUCCGGCCCCUCGUACGCCAACUUUGUCCGCUACAUCCAGCAGCACCCGAUCAAGAGGUCUCUUGAGUACUGGAAAUCCUCCCUUGCUGGCCUCGAGGGGUGCCACUUCCCCAUGGAGACUGCCAGACGCUCCGUGGAAAGGACUACAAGGACUACAAGGACUCUGGAAGUUGACCUGCAAAUCACGUCGGAUCGUCUGCGCGUCUUCUGCCGCAGCGUUGGAGUUACCCUGCCCUCCCUGUUCCAGGCCGUAUGGGCGCUCGUGCUGCAGAGCUACACCUCCAGCGACGAUGUGUGCUUCGGGUUUAUUUCAUCCGGUCGCGAUAUCGCGGUCGACGACGCCGAGGAGACGGUGGGACCGUUUAUCAGCAUGCUCGUCCGCCGCAUGAAGAUUGCCGCCCGCGAGAGUGUCUCGAGCUUCCUGACCGGGGUACAGUCGACGUAUGCCGCAAGCCUCGAGCACCAGCAUUGCCCGCUGGGAGACAUCCAGCACGCCCUGGGCAUCUCCCAGACGGCCCUCUUCAAUUCGAUCAUGUCUGUGCAACGAGAAGGUGCAACCGAUAGCGAGACCGAGGCGCUCCGCUACGAACGUGUUGGGGCGCAGGAUCCUACAGAGGUAAGUCUUCCCACUAAUACAUCUGUGCAGGGCUGA